CUCCUGCGAUCAUCUCGACGACCUCCAAAACAACACUUGCCACGCCUGCAGAUCGUAUCGCAAGACUGCUUCAACCCGCGCCACGAAGUGCAGCAAAGGCAUAGUAUCAAUCCAUCAUGUCUGACGCCGGCACCUCCGCGAAGCGCAGGGCGGGCAACAAGUCUUCCACCGGCGAUCAACGCCCUUCUACCAAGCAGUCUUUGACCCAAGCGUUGGAUACCGAGCUCUACAGCAAUGGAAACGAUAAAUACGCGGGAUACAACACGUCGAUCGCGGUCCAGGAUGACGAUGACAUGGAUGACGCUGCUGAAGUGAACGGCCGUCGCCUUGUAGGCCAAUACACCGCGACCAAGGAGAUGAUGAACGAGUUUGCGCAUGGCGCCACCGAAGAGGCGGAUAUUCUUACCUCCCGCGAGGAGCAGGCGCAGAUCGCAUCCCGCGAGACUGAAUACCAGCGCCGACGCUUCGAUCGCAAUCUCGACGGCGAGGACCAGUCAUACCAGGAGAGGAUGAAAGCGCGCGAGAUCGAACGUGAAGAGCAACGUGUGCGCAAAAUCAUCGAAGAUCGCGAGCGCAACGGUCAGAACGGAAACGAAGUACUUGACCACGUCCCUACUCUGAAGGACGGCGCCGCAGCUGCUCCCACCGUAGAUGGCGAUAAGACUCCACCCAUGGAGAAGAAGUCCAAGCGCAAGCGACGUUGGGGAGCAGCUGUAGAAAUAGAGGAGCCAGCAAAGGAAGAGGAGGUCGAAGCACUUCCAGAUGCCGAGCCCGAGCCUGAGCCUGAAGUGAAGGAGCCCGAAUCGAAGAAGCCCAAGAGUUCUCGAUGGGAGACCACACCUGCGCCUGAUACUCCUAUGACUGAUGCGCCAGCCGAUGUUCCUGCUCAAGCUCCCGUUCGCUCUCGUUGGGACACUGCAACGGCCCCUCCUGCCGGUACUACCUCUGCGGCACCCGCCGCUGGUGAUGUUGCUCAUCCCUCUGUGCCAUUCGGAUUCGGCACCGAUAUAUCUGCUCGCAACGCACCACUUUCGGAUGAACAACUUGAUCUGAUGCUUCCAUCAGAGGGAUACAAGAUUCUUGAGCCUCCAGAGGGAUACACACCUGUUCGUAAGCCGAUAGGUAUUCCCCAGCUUCCCGCAGGCUAUCAGGGCUACAUGAUUCCUGAAUCCGGUGGCAACAGUGAACUCUUGGGAAAACAAAUGCCCACUGAAAUUCCUGGUGUCGGCGACCUGGCUUUCUUCAAAAAUGAGGAUAUGAAAUAUUUCGGCAAGUUGGUAGACAACGUCGACGAAAACGACCUAUCCGUCGAGCAGUUGAAGGAGCGCAAGAUCAUGAGGUUGCUCCUAAAGGUCAAGAAUGGAACGCCUCCCAUGCGAAAGACUGCCCUACGACAGCUCACCGAUAAUGCGAGACAGUUCGGUGCGCAAGCACUGUUUAGCCAAAUCCUUCCGCUAUUGAUGGAACGCACUUUGGAGGAUCAGGAACGCCAUCUUCUUGUCAAGGUCAUCGAUCGUGUUCUCUACAAGCUUGACGACCUAGUGAGGCCUUGGGUGCAUAGGAUUCUCGUUGUCAUUGAACCUCUUCUCAUUGACCAGGACUACUAUGCACGUGUCGAGGGUCGCGAAAUUAUCUCUAACCUUAGUAAAGCUGCUGGUCUCGCCCAUAUGAUCAGUACCAUGCGUCCAGACCUUGACCACGCCGACGAAUACGUGCGUAACACUACUGCUCGAGCCUUUGCAGUUGUUGCCUCCGCACUCGGCAUUCCGGCCCUUCUUCCCUUCCUCCGAGCUGUUUGCAGGAGCAAGAAGUCCUGGCAUGCUCGUCACACCGGUGUUAAGAUUGUGCAGCAAAUUCCUAUCCUCAUGGGCUGUGCAAUCUUGCCGCACUUGAAGGGCCUUGUUGAAUGUGUUGGUGAGAGUCUGAACGAUGAACAGCCAAAGGUGCGCAUGGUCACUGCCUUGGCUCUGGCAGCUCUUGCAGAGGCAGCAAGCCCCUACGGUAUUGAAUCCUUUGACGAAAUUCUUAACCCUCUUUGGACGAAUGCGCGUCGCCAGCGCGGAAAAAUCCUCGCCUCUUACCUCAAGGCUAUCGGAUUUAUUAUCCCACUUAUGGACGAAGAGUAUUCAAGCUAUUAUACUUCGCAAGUCAUGGACGUUGUUAUCCGAGAGUUUCAGUCACCCGAUGAGGAAAUGAAGAAGGUUGUGUUGAAAGUGGUCUCACAAUGUUCUGGAACUGCAGGUGUCACACCUGUCUACCUGAAGGACCAUGUUCUCAAUGAGUUCUUCAAGCACUUCUGGGUCCGCCGCAUGGCACUGGAUAAGCGAAACUAUCGACAAGUUGUUGACACCACUGUCGACUUGGCCCAGAAGUCAGGUGUCGCUGACAUUAUCGGCCGCAUUGUUAACAAUAUGAAAGACGAGAGCGAAGCAUACCGAAAGAUGACUGUAGAGACUGUCGACAAAGUCAUUAGCACACUUGGUGCGCACGAUGUUGACCCCCGUCUUGAAGAACAGUUGAUCGAUGGUGUCCUCGUAGCCUUCCAGGACCAGACUAUCGAGGAUCCUGUGGUCAUUGAUGGAUUUGCCACCGUGAUCAACGCACUCGGCGAGCGUGCAAAGACCUACUUGCCACAGAUCGUUCAAGUCGUUCUCUUCCGAUUGAACAACAAGUCGGCUACAGUUCGUCAACAAGCUGCUGAUCUCAUCUCGCGCAUCACAAUUACCAUGAACAAGUGCGACGAAGAUCCUCAGUUGAUCAAGCUUGCUCAAGCACUUUACGAAUACCUUGGUGAGGAAUACCCCGAAGUUCUUGGCUCAAUCCUAGGAGCUCUACGUUCCAUUAUCACUGUCGUCGGUCUUCAUGCUAUGCAACCGCCUAUCAAAGAUCUGCUCCCUCGUCUUACACCAAUUCUCCGCAAUCGACAUGAGAAGGUUCAAGAGAACACGAUUGAUCUCGUCGGUCGAAUUGCAGAUCGAGGUGCCGAUUUCGUGCCCCCACGUGAGUGGAUGCGAAUCUGCUUCGAAUUGCUUGAGAUGCUCAAGGCCCACAAAAAGGGUAUUCGACGUGCUGCCAAUAACACCUUUGGCUACAUCGCAAAAGCAAUCGGCCCCCAAGAUGUUCUUGCCACGCUUCUUAAUAAUUUGCGUGUUCAAGAGCGUCAGUCUCGGGUCUGUACUGCUGUUGCCAUUGGUAUUGUUGCCGAGACCUGCGCGCCGUUUACCGUCUUGCCCGCUUUGAUGAACGAAUAUCGUGUUCCGGAGCUCAAUGUCCAGAACGGUGUGCUCAAGGCAUUGUCUUUCAUGUUCGAGUACAUUGGAGAAAUGGCUAGAGAUUAUGUCUAUGCCAUUACACCACUUCUGGAAGAUGCUCUCAUCGACCGCGACCAAGUCCAUCGUCAGACUGCAGCCUCGGUCGUCAAACAUGUUGCCCUCGGCUGCGUUGGUCUUGACUGCGAAGACGCGAUGGUUCAUUUACUCAACCUCCUCUGGCCUAAUUUAUUCGAGACCAGCCCGCAUGUUAUCGAUCGCAUUAUCGAAGCUAUUGAUGCUGUUCGAAACGCAGUUGGUACUCCUCUGGUCAUGAACUACGUGUGGGCCGGUCUUUUCCAUCCCGCCCGCAAAGUUCGCGUCCCUUACUGGCGCAUCUACAACGAUGCCUAUGUCCAGUCUGCUGAUGCAAUGAUACCCGCUUACCCGCAGUUUGACGACCCCGAGUUGCGAAGGCACGAGCUUGACAUUUUCAUCUGAAGGCAUAAUGUGUCUUGGCUGAGAACGAACUGAACACAAUAUGGUAAGUACGUAGCAUUAUCGCUUUUUCCUUUUCCUAAAUCCGGGCUGCCACCCCGGUUAUCACUUCUUUGAGAUUUGUUUAUCUCGUCAUGUACAUCAAAAGAUUUUCUUGCAUGGGACAGCGAAGGGUGGGAUCAUUGUGAAGGGUGUUUUGGGUUCUCUGACGGUCUGGAUCAAUUGCGAAUCUGGUGUCCCUUCACAAACGGAGAAGUAUGGCGUCCAGGACACGGUAUGUAAUUAAGGGCGUAAGUCUAUAAACCUCUUUAUCUGA